AAAGAUAGGAUGGGGAGCAGGGGGUAUACGUUAAGCAGCAAAUCUUUCAACCCCCCUAGUCCCAUCAGCCAGGUGGACUUUUUUUUGUUUUUCCUUUAAUGGCCAGAGGGCAGGCCUGGUGGCUCUACAGCCCAGUCCUCCUGCUCCUCAGGAGGUGGGGACCUCGCCUGAUAGUCGGAUUCCAUUGAAGUCUCUCUGGCUCACCCUCCUCUCUCCACCCCUGCUUGAUUCUGUCACUUUAAGUCCAGCCCCUGAGAGAUAGCCAAUAGGAGCCAAACCAUACAUCAGUCUCCCAGUCUUAAAGCUACAGUAGGGUUAGUAGGCUCCAAGUCUCGGGUCCCCAAGCCUCCUCCACGGCUUCCCAUCCCCUCUGCCCGCUCGGAGUGUGUGCAGGAGUGGGAGCACUGGGCUGUGCGCGCACGACUCUGCCUCCCUCUCGCCCCGUCACAGCGCUUCCUCCCGUUCUGCCUUCUCCCGCUCACUGUGCCCCGGCCCGGACUCACACCUCGCCUGUGCCCUUCACUUGCUCGUCCGCGUGAUUUCCCCGUCGUCUUUCUCUACCAACUGGGAAUGCUAAAACGGGCCUGAUGGACGUGUCAGAACUCUGCAUCCCGGACCCCCUCGGCUACCACAACCAAUCAUGAGCUUCUAGCGUAUAAUCUUGGUUCUGUGUCACCAGGGCCUAGAACACCACCUGGCACAGGGUUACUCAUCAGCAGUGAUCCAUCCCCUCAUUGUUGUAAAGAUGAAAAAUUGAACAACAUAAAGUGCUUAAAGCAGAAACUGCUACACAGUCCUGCUGGCCCCAGCUCACUCUGGCUCCUGGAGGCAGUCUUUGCACUGGCAGUGACCUGGAAGUUGCUUCAGGCUCAGACCUUUGGCAACAGGAGGCCCGGCCCAGUGACUCUCAGCUCCUGGCCAGCCCAGCCAACUUCCUGCGCGGGUCCCCCAGAGCUCUCAGUAAGCAAAGAGCAGAAGGGGCACCCAGGUCCUGCUGUUGCUGCUGCUGCUAAUUCAGGAUGCCCAUGGAGGAGAGACAUGCUUGGAGCCUGCAUUCCCAGACUCAAGUAACACUUCCAUGUAGAAGGUCCUAUCCCCACUUUACAGAGGAGGAAUCUGAGGUCCAGAGGGGUUGAGUGACUUGCCCAGGAUGACACAGUGGAUCCACUUAAAGAGCCAGAUGCAAAUCCAAGUCUGCCUGAAAUAUCUCAGAACCCCAAUGGGCCUAGAGAACCGCCCAUUUCUCUCACAGAUCCUGUGGUCCCAGACCAACCCUCCUGACACUUUUCUGGGCACAUGAAUGUGGUCCCAAGCUGACCCUGGGCUCAGGAAGGGGGAGCACAGCCGCUGAGAAGGGCAUGUGGCUCAUGAGGCUGCUACCAGGUCCUCUUCCCAGGACAGCUGUGCAGAGGGCCAGGGCACCUGGAAAUGGGGAUGUCAGUGCCUGUGAGUGCUGGGCUGAGGGGCGCGCCUCCCCUUGCCAAACAGGAAAGAGGAGUGAUGCACAGUCCCCUCUCCACCCCCUGCUGCUCCCUGGUCAGCUGCCCCGAAUGGCACUGGCCCUUGUGGAGAUGAGCUGCUUGAGAGUGGUCGGGGUGUUUGAGCUGGAACUCAGGGCCUGUGGUCAGCCCCUCGGAGGGCCGCUGUGCAGGUCUGUGGGGCAGGGAAGUGCUGGAGGUCAGCUUCCCGCACGUGGCCUUCGGGACACGGUGAAGAUGGAGGUCUGCUCUGGUCUGUGUGGUGCUGGGGCCCGUAUCUAGCAGGCCUGGGGUGGGGCUUGAGGUUUUCUCUCGCUUGUGCUCCCUGAUUCCCCAAGCUUCACACCUAACCAGCAGGGCAGUCCUAGGAGGAGACCCUGUUGGCUUGACUUGGGACAGCGUUAGGGGCUCUGACCUCCCCUCGCUAGGGGCAGGCACCCCUCAGCAAAAAGGCUCUCUUUGCCCUGGGAAGGUGUUCCCAAUGGCUCCACUAGACACCCCAUGUGUGGUCGUGGUCAUCAGCCCUACUCACCCCCUCCAGCCCUCACAACCUCCUCAGUCUUGACUCUGCCAGGCACUUUCCUGUGGUAAUAGUAAUAAAAAAUACUCGUAGUUACACGUGGUCCGGCAAUGGAUCAUUUUCGAGGUCUGUAAAUGUAGUUUUCUAGAAAAGUUUACAUUUUAUGACAUCUCGACAUGGCAUGAGAUGUCUUUUUUGCAAAGGAAAAAGUUACAUGGUAUCAGAGCAGUCCAAGAACGCAGGGACCCUUGGCAGCCAAGCCAUGCCCACGGGGAGCACGGGGGUCAGGCCAGGAGGUGGGUCCCCUGGGCACUGCCCAUGCCGAGGGUGUGGCUGUGUGUGGGCAGCUGCAGUCUCUAGAGAGGCUCAAGCCAGGGUCUCCAUAGCUGCAGUCUUCUCAGGGGCAACACUUAGAUUCCAACUUAUGCCUUGAUAUUAGCUCUCGGCAACACAGGUGAGGCCAGAGAUUGUAGCCAUGACAGGUCAACCUGGCCCCUGCAGGCUGACAGAAUCUCUGAUUCCGUAGCUCUUUGCUUUUUCUCCAUCAUACUCUUUUCCUAGCCCUGUAUUUCUGCCUCUGUCACCCUAGGCCUGUGUCCCUGCAUUUUUCUCUUCCUGCUGAUAAUGACAACAGUAAUCAUUGCUAACAUCUGCAGAAUGCCUACUAUGAGCCAGGAACUGUGCAAAGUGCUUCUUGCGGCUACUCACACCUUUUGCCUCCUCUCUGCACACCUUCUGUUCUAAAGACACACGCCUGGAGACCCCCAAGGGUGGACUUUCUACUUUCCAGUGGGAGAAGGUGGGAUGUGGGGGCUGGGGAAGACCUGAGGCUUAUCCGCAUCUGAGCCCCCAUUCUACCGAUGGGAGAACUGAGGCCCUGAGUGGAUGAGGACCUGCUCUGCACAGUCCUGCAGCUCAUGUGCAGAUUGAAGCCCAGGCCCCAGCCUCUUGACCCCACCCAGCACUUUGCAGCACGCUGCCUGUCUUUCUGGAUGUAAAUCCUGUUUACAAUCAGCUUCAGUAGGGGCCCCAUGGCCUUGUGGUUGUGAGGACUUGAACUGUGAGCCUCAGUGCUGAGUAAUGCAGAUCCCAAACCCUACGUUCCACUGUCGCAUUGGCCCCAGGCCAAGCCAGGCAACAAGACUGCGGGAGCCGGACAGAACCAGAGGAGGGCUGGACAGACUGACGCAAACAAUUCCAAUUUCAACAAAUAAAUAAAUAAAUCAAAGAAUUGAAAGAGUUUCAAUAGAUGGAAACUGGUAGGCUGAAAGAUGAGCUGAUCUUCCUGGCAAGGUGGCCUCCUCCUCCGCAUGGUUCCUCUGCCAUCGUCCCCCGACGCAGGCCUGACCCUCUUCACGCUGCUCUCCCUGGGCCAUCUCUUUAGCCUUGCCCACUGCUCUUGGUGCCUAAAAUGAAGACACAGUAAGGAGCUCCUCCCCCAGUGAGUGUGUGGAGGGGACAACAGGAGAUAUGAGCUUCGUGACAAUAAAGAUUACGUACUCUGACUCACGUUGGCUUUCCUACUGCCUCACCCCAAGGCUGGCACGAAAAUAGGAAAGCAUUGCCCCGCUACCAGCCCUGUGGGUAUUUCCAGGCAACAUCCUGGCUAUUGCAGCCCAUGUCCAAGCUUUGGAAACUUCUGGAAGGAGACACAAAAAGCUGUCAUUUGAGUCACCACCUCUGGGGCAUCUGCUUGAGAAUCCUGGAACUGGGAGAGAUUGUUACUUUUGACUUUACCCUUUUGAUCAUAUAGGGCCUUUGGAUUCAAGGUCACAGGUAGACUCACGACUCCAGAAGCUGCCUGUGAGGCCUGGGGCCUCCUGUUCUACGGAUGCCUUGGGAAGGGGCUUGCGGAGGGGAACCCAGGACCACGGAGAGGGCAAGACCCUCUUCCUCCCACCUGACAGGCCAGUCCUGCAGGGCCAGGCCAGGCAGCAGAACGUCCUUCCUCCCCUGCAGUCUGACUCUUCCUGCACAAAAUCGCCAGUGUGCCAGGCUGCUGAACAGAAUGUCCGCAGACGAUCGGCACCUGAGCUCCAGCUGUGGCUCCUUCAUCAAGACGGAGCCGUCCAGCCCGUCCUCGGGCAUCGAUGCCCUCAGCCACCACAGCCCCAGUGGCUCGUCUGACGCCAGCGGCGGCUUUGGCCUGGCCCUGGGUGCGCACGCCAAUGGUCUGGACUCACCGCCCAUGUUUGCAGGCGCCGGGCUGGGAGGCACCCCCUGUCGCAAGAGCUACGAGGACUGUGCCAGCGGCAUCAUGGAGGACUCGGCCAUUAAGUGCGAGUACAUGCUCAACGCCAUCCCCAAGCGCCUGUGCCUCGUGUGUGGGGACAUUGCCUCUGGCUACCACUACGGUGUGGCCUCCUGCGAGGCCUGCAAGGCCUUCUUCAAGAGGACCAUCCAAGGGAACAUUGAGUACAGCUGCCCGGCCACCAACGAGUGUGAGAUCACGAAACGGAGGCGCAAGUCGUGCCAGGCCUGCCGCUUCAUGAAAUGCCUCAAAGUGGGGAUGCUGAAGGAAGGUGUGCGCCUUGAUCGAGUGCGUGGAGGCCGCCAGAAAUACAAGCGGCGCCUGGACUCGGAGAGCAGCCCGUACCUGAGCUUGCAGAUUUCCCCACCUGCUAAAAAGCCAUUGACCAAGAUUGUCUCUUACCUGCUGGUGGCUGAGCCGGACAAGCUCUACGCCAUGCCUCCCCCUGGCAUGCCUGAGGGCGACAUCAAGGCCCUGACUACUCUCUGUGACCUGGCAGACAGAGAGCUUGUGGUCAUCAUUGGCUGGGCCAAGCACAUCCCAGGCUUCUCGAACCUCUCUCUGGGGGACCAGAUGAGCCUGCUGCAGAGCGCCUGGAUGGAGAUCCUCAUCCUGGGCAUCGUGUAUCGCUCACUACCCUACGACGACAAGCUUGUGUAUGCUGAGGACUACAUCAUGGACGAGGAGCACUCCCGCCUGGCGGGGCUGCUGGAGCUCUACCGGGCCAUCCUGCAGCUGGUGCGCAGGUACAAGAAGCUCAAGGUGGAGAAAGAGGAGUUUGUGACUCUCAAGGCCCUGGCUCUGGCCAACUCAGAUUCCAUGUACAUCGAAGAUCUGGAGGCUGUCCAGAAGCUGCAGGACCUGCUGCACGAGGCGCUGCAGGACUACGAGCUGAGCCAGCGCCACGAAGAGCCGCGGAGGACGGGCAAGCUGCUGCUGACGCUGCCCCUGCUGCGGCAGACGGCCGCCAAGGCGGUGCAGCACUUCUACAGCGUCAAACUGCAGGGCAAGGUGCCCAUGCACAAACUCUUCCUGGAGAUGCUGGAGGCCAAGGUAGGUCCAGAGCAGCUUCGUGGAUCUCCAGAGGAUGGGAGCAUGAGGCAUGAUGGCAGAUGUCCCCAAGCAGCUGCCUUCUAACACAGGCAUCAGAACCGUUUCACCUGGGACUUUUUCCUGAAGAAUCCACACUCAUUCUAACCCAACCUCUCAUCGCCUGGAGAGGCAGGCGGAUCCCACCUGCUCCUCAUUAGGACAUGAGGAGGCCAGGUACCCUUUUCCACAGCCUCAUGGUUUUUCUAGGGAAAGCAGCUGUUGCUGGUUCCGCGUUCCUGUGUCUCCACUCCCAGCCACCACUCCUCCAGGCAGGAGGGCUGGCUACAGCCCAGCAGCUGUGGAGUGGCUGCCUGAUGUCCUCACGUAGGAAAUGGCACGGGUUCUACGAGACCUCACACACCAGUGACGUGUGCUCCCCUCCUCUCUGGCUGUGGGGACUCCAAGGCCACAGUCACUUGACAGUUAGCAUUGGAAUUACAAUCCAAGAUGCUCUGUCCCUAGCUCUGUGUGGGUUCCCGUUGUCCCUGAUCUGGGGGGGAUCCAUGAGCACCUCAGCAUUAAGGAACCAGGGCAAAAGCCCACGCCUAACUUAACCAUCAGGGGCUAUGCCCUGAGGUCUGAACUGGAAAGACCUUACGGGCAAGAGAAUUUGGGGUCUGCUCUGUGGGGGCCUCCUCUAGGAGCUCACUGUGCUGUGUGCUUGGAAGAUGGGACAGAGGGUGGCAUCUUAGCACCUGGGCAUCCCAUUCUAUGCAGUGCCAUCUCCUGCUCAAGCAUGAGGACCCGGGCUGUCAGGCCCAGCAGGCCUUCUGCACAACUGGUGUUGACAGCCCUUCUUUUCUAGGAAAAGCAUCUAUGGCGAACAGGGCAAUAACUGGUUUGAAGUGGGCAGGUGGUCUGUAUACAGGGCAGCGUUGCCUCACCGGGCCUAGUGCUCCUGCAGUGUCCUGGCAUUAGAGCCCCUUUCUAACAGAGAGGGGGCAGUGGUCCUGAUGGCUUGGUGACAAUGAGGUGGACACUGCUGCUGCUUUUACACUUGAAAAACUCUUAGAGCAACAGGAAAUGUAUCAGUAACAGUGGGAACUUCUUUCAAUGGGAAAGGCCCUGGUGUAUACUUGAUGGGUCCAUUGACGUUCAGAGAACAAGUUCAGGGGCCAUCUUGUUAGGUAGCUGUCUCGCCAGCUUUGGGACCUCCGUGGGAAGAGGAUGGCCCUGGCUUGGGGGAUGGCGCAGUGAGGAGAGUUUAGGACACCCUGACCCACAAACAGGACAGAACUCAAGUUUACCCCCAAUCUGCUGUUCCUGGGAAAUCUGUAAAGAGGAAAUAGCCCUUCUCAGUUGUAUUCUCAUGGUACAGGUCAUUGAAAUGAACCAAGAAAUAAAAUGUAAAAAUCCAACCAUGGAGAAGGUGGUACUGGCUGGGUUUUGUUUGGUCCCUGUGUUCCCACUUUCUAAAGCUUCCAUCCUGGUUUUGUCACACAUGAACCUUGAUAGUGGCCCCCAGUUUUUACAUACAGGAAAACACUUAUUUCCUCGGGCACAACUGAAGAACAAGUCGGACGCUGUCAAAGCCAGAGUGGGGUGUGGGUUGGGAGGCCACGGGAACGCCUUAGAGGGGCCAGAAUCUGCAUACACCCUUGUCAGGAGCCACCCUUCCCUCCAGACUCACCCCUCCAUCCCCUGUGCAGAUGGGAGAAGGGGUAGGGGGCUGGGGGAAGGUGGCUGGGGAAGUGACACACUUGUAACAAGAAGACAGGGGCCCAUACCCACAGAACAGCACCAAAGAAAAGCACUAUGGAAAGAUUGUUUUAUUUUCUAAUAAUGAUAAUGUGGCUGGAAUGGCUUCUUAAGAUGUAUAUAUUUUUUAAAAUGGCAGUCCUCAUUGCAUCACCCACAUGUAAAUAUUCCCACCUCUGUAUGUGUUCUCCCAAAGACCUCCCCCUCCCGUGUAAAUUAAACACCCUAGGAUUCCCCUGUCCUGGCCCCAUGUAUCUGGAAUCUAAUAAAUAAGAAACAGCCUGUUGGAGAGUUUCUUCACACGUUAUCUU